GUGUCUAGAGUCUGAGCUCAGAGCUGAUGAUGCUGAGAGCUCUGAGGAGGAGGAAGGGGAUGAAAGGGAGGAAUAGGAGGCUGGAGGAGGCCUAGCCCAAGCCGAGGAGCACCGACCCAUAAAGGAGGAAGGAGGAAGCUGUCUCCUGUCAGAGGAGGAUCCGUCAUGGACAAAUACCGACCAGAGAGACCCACCAGCCUGGCUCUGUUCCCUCAGCUGCCACAAGCCGGGUCCCAGGACUCGAUCAACAACAACUCUUUAGGAAAGAAGGACAGCUGGAGGGACUCCCGCUCUUCCUCCCCACAUGUUACAGGAGAUCCAGCUCCUCAGGAUGUCCAGUCCAAAGCAGAGGACAAAGUCCGGCCCGGUGCUCAGCGCCGACUGGCACCAAAACCGCCCACAGCCGGGUCCAACAGCAGAACUGCUGCUCAGACUGCUGUCUCGGCUCCAGACGCACGGGUUCGAGCCCGAGAACGUCCAGGGUCCGGCACACAGCCCUGCAGCACACCCAGGACUCAACGACGAGCUGCAGGAGGAGGAGGAGGAGGAGGGAGAGGAGGAGGAAGAGGAGCAAUGAAGGAGAGAAGCAUCGUGGAAACCAGAGGGAGGGACGGAGGGACCGAUAGGAGAACUGGACGGCUGUGUGAGGACUCCAGGACAAAGGACAGGGACAGGAAUGGACAGAGACAGAGAGAGGUGAACGGCCUUAAGGGACGGGCCCCUGAUGGGAGAGGAAGAGGAGGGACGAAGGUGAGCAGCAGAGGAGAAGGAGGAGAAGGUGGAGGAGGAGGUACUGUCCGGUCAAACAACAAGCUGCCCAACCAGAAAGUCUACCUGCCUGCCAUGGUGGUUCCACGCACACCUGUAGCACCCAGAACCCAGGAGCAGAACCAGAACCAAGGCCAAAACCACGACAGAACCCACGAUGACCCUGCUGCCCUGUCCCUGUCCAGCAGCGAGGGGGGGUCCAACAGGAUGUCCCUGGGCUCAGACACAGAGGGACCCCCACCAGAACCUCUGCAUCCAUCUCUGUCCUGCAGAGCCAACCCAGACAUAAGAGAAGAAGACGGAGAAGGAGCUCCAACUCCCUGUCUGUUCAUCCAGAACUAUCCCACCUGCAGCCUGACAGAUGAAGACAAACCAGAGAUGGACUGUACCAAGUCAGAAUUAGGGGGAGAGCCAGGUGAGCCUGUGGUAAACAACAUAUUGGACCAGACAGAACCAAAGAGCGAGGCUGCUGCUGGGCUGAGUUAUGACUCUGUUAAAUACACCCUGGUUGUGGACGAGCACGCCCAGCUGGAGCUCGUGAAGCUGAAGAACUGUCUCCAUGGACCCACAGAGGACAAUGAGCAUGAGGACAGCGACACAGAGACUGUCUACCAGUCAGCCAACGAGGAGGAGGACCCCGAGUACGAGCAGGAGAGGAGGAGAAGCGAGGACGCAAGGAAGUUAGAAAGUAGAAAAGAGGAGGAGAAGAGAAGAAAAGAAGAGGAGGUGAAGAGGAGGAAAGAGGAAGAUUUAAAAAGGAGGAGAGAGGAGGAGGUGAAGAGGAGGAGGGAAGUAAUUGCAGUUUCCAGGGUUUGCAAGCAGUCCAAGGUGACAUCAGCCACAACCUCAGAGGAGGAGGAGUCUAAUGGAAGAAGAGGCGGAGCUCCAAGGAGCAGAAAGUUCCUCAACCUUUUCUCCAACAGCAGCAGUCAGUACAGCUCCACAGGUGCCGGACCCUUUGGUGUGUUCUCCUGUGUUCUGGACGGUGUGGAGCGGCAGCAGAGCCACAGGGCGGUCUACAGAUUUGUACCCCGUCACGCAGAUGAGCUGCAGCUGGAGACGGACGACCCGGUUCUGCUGCUGAAGCAGAGUGAGGAUCUGUGGUGUCAAGGCUACAACAUGAGGACCGGAGCCACCGGGAUCUUUCCCGCCUUUUAUGCUGUUAAGGUGCCCAAAGACCCGAACCACGUCCAGAACGACGGCUGGUCCGAGCAGUUCAUGGUGCGGUUUCUGGGUUCGGUUCAGGUCCCGAUUCAUAUGGGUGAUGACGUACUGUGCGCAGCGAUGCAGAAGGUAGCCUGUAACAGGCGGUCAGCUGGUCAGCCGGCGGCGGCCUGUGUUCUGGAGGUCAGCCUGAAGGGCGUGAAGAUGAGUGUCCAGGACCAGUGCCACUCUGCUCACCGGGGAGACCAGUGUUUCCAUUUCUUCCAGCUGAAGAACAUCUCUUUCUGCGGCAUCCAUCCCAAACACAACAGAUAUUUUGGAUUCAUCACUAAACACCCGGACCAACAUCGCUUCGCCUGCCACGUGCUGAUGUCCAACGCAUCGUUACACCCUCUGGCUGAAGCUGUAAGGAGGGCAUUCCAGCAGUAUUACAAGGAGCACAUUGGAUACUCCUGUCCCACGGAGGACAUCUUCAUCGAAUAACCCCUCCCCAUGAACUGAAGACUACCUGCAUGGAAGCCUGGUCUCACAUCCCGACAGGACCACCGAUAUAUCCUCUGCAUGGUGGACCUUUCUUCUGAUUUUGGCUGCACCCUUUAACCGAGUCACCGUGUGGACGGGUCGGGACCAGAACAGAUGUAAACCUGCUCCAACCGCCCAACAAUCCUGUGAUAAUCAUGCACUUAUUGACAUCAAUUAUUUUAACGUAACCAUAAAUAGAUAUUAUACACCAAAGUACACAAAGAGCAUUAAUCGAUACUCUUUUAAAUUAUAAUUAAAAACAGCAACAGGUAAACAACAACAGCAAACAGAUUAAGAUGCCAAACAACUCUAAAGAAUCAGAUGAAUAAGUUUAACUCAAUACGUAUCAAAAGAAACAGACUAUCAGCUCUAAACCAACCUCAUAAGAAUACAAAACAUGUUUUAAAGAGUCCAAAAGAAAAAAAAAAACACUAAAGAAAUUAAAAGUUAGGGAUCAUUUUUGGUGAUCAUGAACAAACUCUCACAGAAAUGCAAACAGACCCAACAAAAUCAACUAAAACCUCCAACACCUCCCAUUUAUUUACAUCUUCCAAACACUUCUCUUUAAAUGAACAAAUAAUCAGGUGAAAUAAAACUAAAAGAUCUGUUUAUAAUCACUGAAAUGUCCUUAACUUCUGCAAGACUGGACUGACUUGAGUUUAAAAACUCCUCAAAUAUCAGAUUUGAACCAAAGUUUAACUAAAGUGCUUCUAAUCUGCAGCACGUCCUUCAAAAUUCAAAAGUUUUGUGCAAACAUGUCAUUUCCAGGUAUUUUUAGGAAAUUAUAAAUGUUUUCAGAAAAUUCCCACAGAUUUGGCUGUUAGUCUGCAGCUGUUUGUUGUCUCCCUCCUCAAAAUAAAAAAACAACACCAGAAAAUAAUCAGGAUAUUAAACAAAAUCUGAAUAUUUUAAAUUGGUGUGGAUUGAAAUCUGCAGCAGAAUCUCCUAAAACGAGUCUGUUUGAUGAAAUCCUGCUUCAGGUUUUCACUCAUUAAA